AAUGUAUUUUUCUUGAGUGGUCCCUUAUCAUUGAAAUUAAAGUUUAGCACCACUGCAUUAAACGAAUGAGGCUAAUUCAGAAGUUUUGUUUCAGGAAUCGCAUCGAGAGGACCGCGUCGAAGCGAUGGCGGGGGUCGGUGCGGCGGAUUAUGUCGGCGGCCAUUUACAACCUCUCCUGCUUUACUCACGGCUGCAGCACGGGCUGGGUGUCGGGCGUGCUGGGGCGCGAGGCACUGGCGGGCGGCGCGUGGCUGGCCGCACUGCCGUGCCUCGUGGCGCUGCCCACCGCGCCCUUUUUCGCCUUCCUGGCUGACGCUCGCGGCAGGAGGGCAGGGGCGGGGGGCGUCGCUGCCACUUUUAUCUUGAGCUGGUCGCUGGCGGCGUGGUGCGGUCCCCGCGGCGUCUGGGCAGCCAGGGUAGCGGCGGGCGCAGGUGGUGCGGGGGCUUUAGCUCUAGCCCCGCUGUACUGUGCAGAAAUAUCGCCCAGGACUAAAGGGUUGGCUGCUAUGCCGGCUCUGGCUAUCAGCUGCGGCAUUCUCUUCGCUUUCGUAGCAGGUGGCAUGUUGUCAGCACACACGCUAUCUCUGUCUAUGGCGGCACCUCCAACCGUACUCUUACUGUUACUGGUGUGGCUGCCAGAGACGCCUUCUUUUCUCAUCAGCGUCGGCCGAAUGCAGGAAGCAGCUAGAGUAAUCUGCUGGUUAGACGGCUCCAACUUCCGCGAAGACCUGACGGACGCCAUCGAGCAGCAAGAAGUCAUGAUCAGAACGGAGCCAACCCGUCGAGAGUCCGAAGCGCUACAGCCAAUGCUCAGAAGAAGCCGGAGCGAGGGCACUAGCGAGGGCAAGGAGCAAUCCGUGUGUCGAGAUCUAUUCCGUCAUCGCCGCUCCAGACGCGCCCUGAUCUCCUGCUGCCUCCUACUGGCCGCCGCGGCUGGUAGCGGUGCGGGCGCAGUCAAUAGCUUCGCAGCAGCCAUGCUCACUCACUCCGGGCACACGCUGCCAGCAUUGAACCUUACUGCUUACAACUUCACAGUGUAUAAUGGAACAGUGUCCCGUGGAUGGCGACAGACGUCAGAGACGGGGUCCGUGCUCUGUGGCACGGCGCUUGUCUUAGGAGCUGCAGUUGCCACUGUGACCGUCGACAAGGUCGGACGGAAGGUGCUACUUCUAAUAUCCUGCGUUGGUAUAGCAUUCUGCCUCGCCAUCCUCGGCCUCUACUGCGACCCUCGUGCUCACAUGUACUCCUGGUAUCCACACCGACUGUGGCCUUAUCGAAAACCUAUAGUGAAAGAAAAAGAACACAGCAACUACACAAUCGAAAAUAUGGCCAAAGAUGCCUUAAGAAAUAUAACUGACUCAAAGCCAUUUCAUUAUUUAGGAAAUGAAAGUAUAGCAGAAAUAAGUCUACAAACAGCAGCAAAGGAGGUUAAUAACAGCGUAGAAGAAACAUUAUCGAUAAAAAUAGACCCAAACCAAAUAGAUAAGAAUGACGAAGAUUCUAUAUGGCUACCAGUGAUACUGCUGUCAAUGGUUUUGUUCCUGUACAACAUUGGUUUGGGAUCCGUGCCUUAUGUAUUAAUCCCGGAAUUAUUUUCAAUGAAUGUUCGCAGCCUCGCGUCAAGCUUGCUCAUAUCUUGGAUGUGGCUCAGCAGUUUCUUCACUCUUCGCUACUUCGGCUCUCUCGCUCUUACCCUCGGUCUCCACGGCACCUACUACAUCGGUGCUUCUAUCACUCUCCUGGUCUCAGGGUUCAUUUAUUUUAUAUUGCCUGAAACUAGAGGAAUGAAUCAAAAGCAAAUUGAUGAUCUGUUGAAUGGCCCGCUUCUGGUUCAUAAAAAAAGAAAACGUAAAACGAAUGAGACUUGAUCUUCGGAUUUAACCGAGAGCAGAGUAUCAGUUUUUUGAAAAUCUCAAAUAAUGCAACACAAAGCAAGAUAUAUCAUUUAAGAUGACAUCAAAACGUCAAAUAUCCUAACUGAUCCUUCCGGCCGAUUUCGAUCAUGGCGACCACUUCGACUCCUAGUUAGCUCGGCGCUCAUGCGCCCGAAGAUGGCUGACUUAGCCGAUCUUCGAGGUGAACCCCCGCGCACAUUGAGGGCACGUGAGGACACCAGCUACGUAGUGGUAGUGAAUGAACGCAGACUGGCGUGUUUUCAGCUCGUCGCGUUUAGCGUCGAGGUCAGCUUUACGUUGCUCCUCGAAAUUGCGUACAUUGCCCUACACCAGCCUGCGCCAUUCAGAAUCAUGUCACACUAAAUACGUCACGUCAAAUAUGUUGAAUAUAUGAAUAAAUGUGGCUAAAGAGGUAUUUCAGUCAGACAUCACCCCAAACAAGUUAUUGUAUUUCGCAUAUCAGAAUUAAACAAUUAAGUAUUUCUUUAAGGAAAUCGUUUCUGUCUAUCACUGAUACUGUUACAUCAGUAGGUACUAUAAUAUAUUAAUGUUUAGGUGUAAAAAUAAUCCGCACAAUUCAAGUGAUUUAGGCAUCAAGAUAAAAGGCAAAGGUAGAAAUUGUUUAGAGAAAUACAUUAAGAAUCCUUUUGAUGAAUUAAAAGAAAUGUCCAGAAAAAUAGCAAUUUUGGAAUGGAAAACAUUUUAAAGGGAUAAUAUUUUGAUCGGAGAAUGAACGAGAUAAUUAUGUUUUAGAUGACAGAAGAAAGAUAUGUCUGAAUAAGUUUUAUCCAAAGGGUUCCUGGUUCAAAAGUCUUAACUAAUCCU